CGCGCCGGAGUCUUCGCUGGCGGGGGCAGUGGGAGAGGUGCCAUGGCGAGCUCGGCCGCCUCGUCUGUGCGACCACCGAGGCCCAAGAAAGAACCGCAGACGCUCGUCAUCCCAAAGAAUGCGGCGGAGGAGCAGAAGCUGAAGCUGGAGCGGCUCAUGAAGAACCCGGAUAAAGCAGUUCCGAUUCCAGAAAAAAUGAGUGAAUGGGCACCUCGACCUCCCCCAGAAUUUGUCCGAGAUGUAAUGGGUUCAAGUGCUGGGGCUGGCAGUGGAGAGUUCCAUGUGUACAGGCAUCUGCGCCGCAGAGAGUACCAGCGACAGGACUACAUGGAUGCCAUGGCUGAGAAGCAAAAAUUGGAUGCAGAGUUUCAGAAGAGACUGGAAAAGAAUAAAAUUGCUGCAGAGGAGCAGACUGCAAAGCGUCGGAAAAAGCGCCAGAAAUUAAAAGAGAAGAAAUUACUGGCAAAGAAGAUGAAACUUGAGCAGAAGAAUCAAAAAGAAGGACGCAGUCAGUCCCAGGAGCAGCAGUCCACUAGCUCUGAGGAGGCAUCUGGAACCGAGGAGGAGGAAGACGAACCCAGCUUCAUCAUGGGGCGAUGAAGUGCUUGCACACCGGCCGUCAGGAGCCUGGCUCUUUCUGUGACCAGGGCUCCAAAUCCUCAAUGCGACCAGAAGGAAGAAGAGCCUGUUUGGCUCAGCUCCCCAGGACUCACUGUGCAGGAAGCACUUGGGAGCCCCCAGCUGCUUGUAGUCCUGUUGGCAGGACUCAGCCUGGGGGACAGGGGACUGUCUCCUGGAGGGCACUGCCUGGCAUCCUCCGUCCGUGCUCCUGCUGUAGGGAAAAGGCCUCACCGCCUGCCUCUGGCUCCUGUUCUCUGGAUUUGAAUGGCAGCAAGUGUGGGGCUGGUUUCUGUGAAGGGAAUAUUUAUUUAGUAAAAAGCAGAAAACCUCUAGGCACUGUUCAGAUAUGUGGACUGUGAAUCCCAGAGCUGUAGAGAGGCUGUGGAGUGACGCUGAGACGGGGCCUGAGGGGCUGCAGAUCCUGUUAGCCAUCUGCUCCCUGACUCCCUGCCCCCGACACAGCCUUGCCCUGGUGCCGGCCAGUUGCUGGUUUUUGACCCUGUUCCUCCACUCAGGGUGCAGACCAAACUGCGGGAGAGCCGCAUCCCCAGCAGCUCCCAGAACCAAGGGAGGUGUGGGCAGGACUUCACCAGGGGCUGGACCACGGGAAUGGGGGCUUGCUGUGGGGAAUGCAGUGGAGACCAGAGAAUAAGGAGGGAGAGAACCCAGGCUGGGCUGACGGGCCCGAGCCGAGCUGCAGGAGGGGCCAAGCUGCACUUCCAUCCUGAGGUCACAGGGCAUCUACAGAGGAGGGACUGAAGUGCCCACAGCUGGUUGGAACUUUCCUCCGGGUUGCAUAGGAGCCAGCACUCCCACUGUGUCUUUGAGUGGUGCUGUGCUGGAGCCAGGGAGCUUGGGAGGUGACCGAGGACAGCUUUGACCUCAGUGUCUUCCCGAGGUAACUCAGGGCUGCCUUUGACUUGGGUGCCUUCAGGCCAGUGGGGGCAACAGAGACAGUUUCUGUUUAGAGUCUUCGCUCCAUCUUUGGAUUAUCUCCCAACUCCUGAAAAUGUGGUGUGCCUUUUAUGGACUUGGAUAGCAUUAAGGAGGAAGUGGUUUUGAGUGAGGGGAAACACAGGAAGGCUUACUUAUCUUUCACACAGAGUUCCCUGGCCCCACUCUGCCACGCGACAUCUCUGACAAGUUUUGUCCCAAGAGUUUUUCUUUCCCAGGAAGCGGAAAUGAAGAGUCAGUCCUAAUAAACUGACACAUACCCUGGUG